AUGUUUUCAUUGCAAUUGAAUAUUGAGCGCUACGACGCUGGCCUAUUUAGCCCCGUCGAGGAACUCUCGAUUCUCUCUGAAUAUGAAUUCACGACUUUGGGCCACCCCGCGUUCCCCCAGCGCUCAGUGAGGAUCAAGAAGUCUUCAUUCUGCGACGGCACGGUCGACGCAUACACCGGAUACAUCGACAUCCACGAAAAGCACUUAUUCUUCUACUUCUUCGAGAGCAGGGGCGAUCCAAACAAGGAUGACGUUGUCUUCUGGACUAAUGGAGGGCCGGGUGGGUCGUCCUCGAUUGGAUUGUUCAUGGAGCUGGGACCCUGUAUGAUUUUGGACGCGAAUGGCCCGAAGUUCAACCCAUAUUCGUGGAACAGCAAUGCGAAUGUAUUCUUCGUCGACCAACCUGCGGGCGUUGGGUUCUCCUACGCAGACUACGGCGACCCCGUUAGCACGACGGAGGAGGCAGCCAAGGAUAUCGCAGCGUUUGUCGUGAUCUUCUUCGAGAAUUUUAGCAAGUUCAAGGGAAGGGGAUUCCACCUUUCCGGAGAGUCGUAUGGGGGUCGCUACCUCCCCAUCUUUGCGUCUGAGAUCUACGACCAAAACGCCAAACUCGUUGCAGCAGGCCUGACCCCCAUCAACCUGACAUCCAUCAUGAUUGGGAACGGCCUGACCGAUUUUUUCACCAUGUUGCCUGCAUACCACGACUUUGUCUGCACGGCGGCUGUCCACCCUCCCGUUCUGGACAUUGCUUCCUGCGUUCGCAUGAAACAGGCGAUCCCAAGGUGCCAGAAGUGGGCGAAGGAAUCGUGCCUCGAUAUCUUCGACGGACUGAGCUGCGAAGCCGCCAUGUCAUUCUGUGAAGCAGAGCUCCUGACUCCAUAUGUGCUGACAGGUCGAAAUCCAUACGACGUUACCGCCGACUGCGAGGGCGGACCAGACGAUAUCUGCUAUCCAUUCACUCGACACAUCCGCGCCUACCUCGACAAGCCCUCUGUUCGCAGGACGCUCGGCGUCGACCCCUCCUUCCAAGGACGCAACUUCAGCUUCAUCAACUUCGACAUCAACCAGGCCUUCACGGUGCACCGCGAUUUUUUCCAUCAAACGUAUCUCAACGCCGCGGCGCUCCUCGAGCGCGGGGUCCGCGUUCUCGUCUUUGUUGGCGCCAACGAUUAUGUUUGCAACACCCUAGGCAACGAGCGUUGGACGCUUGACUUGGACUGGAGUGGUGGAGAGGAGUUUAGGAGCACGCAUUUGAGGGAGUGGCUCGUGGAUGGGAAGAGGGCCGGUCAGACGAGAAGUGCCAGGGGAUUUACGUAUGCGACUGUUGAAGAUGCUGGGCAUAUGGUGCCCUAUAACAAGCCCAAGGAAGCCCUGGAGAUGGUGAACAGGUGGCUCUGCGGAAAGGAAUUAUGA